GUCACCCCUCCUUCUCUACUUCUCUCUCUCUCCUUCUCUCUACAUCCACUCACUUGCUGUCCCGCUCCCUCUCUUGCCAAGUCGCUUUGAAGACCGUGACGGACAGUUGACCUGACGUUUGGACUGUCUGCUGCGCCGCUCCUCUGGACUAGAGCUGUGAUAGUGUUUUAUCUACAGAAUGUAAAGUCAGCUGAUGUGUCUUCAGUCAUUCAUUAAAUGAGGAAAGGAAUCCUUUGUUUGAUUCAUCCGUUCAGAAUGAAGAGGUAAAGCAGUCCUGAUUGAAGAGAUGGCAGUGCAAGCUAGCCUCCAGGCUUGGUUUGGAGAGAAGUUUGAGUCUCCACUGCAAAGCCCCCGCAGCCCCCUGACCCCUCGGAUUGGCCCUGGCCUGGCAGACGUCUUCCAGUAUGACCAGUGGCUUGCUGUACGACAUGAGGCUACACUUUUGCCCAUGCAGGAGGACCUUGCCAUCUGGCUCACUGGCAUGCUUGGAGACGAGGUAAGAGCUGAGCACUUCAUGGAGGACAUGAACAAUGGGGUGAAGCUGUGCCGACUUGCUGGAAUUCUUCAAAGCAAAUUUCCCCAGGACUGUCUGUCUGACGAGAAGCAGCAGCUACUUACAAAGAAAGUUUGCAUUAGGAAAGAAGCUUCUCCAGGGUCGUUUUUCGCUCGGGACAACACGGCCAACUUCCUGUCUUGGUGCCGUCAAAUCGGAGUAGAUGAGACGUAUUUGUUUGAGUCAGAGGGAUUGGUUCUACACAAAGACCCUCGCCAGGUAUGUCUGUGUUUGCUGGAGCUUGGACGCAUCGUCUCAAAAUAUGGCAUUGAGCCCCCUGUACUGGUGAAACUGGAGAAAGAGAUCGAACUGGAGGAAUCUCUGCUAAUGACCAGGGACCCUUCCCCUCCGGUCAAAACUUUCACCGUGUGCUGUCAGCAUGGGGGACUCUACCAUGCGGACCAGACUGAAUCAGAUGACCCUCCCUGUAACUGCUCUCAGAAGUUUUCCAUUGAGUAUCUGGCAGAGGGGCGAUACAGGCUGGGGGAUAAGAUCCUCUUCAUUAGGAUGCUGCAUGGAAAGCAUGUGAUGGUGCGUGUGGGAGGGGGUUGGGACACUCUGAAGGGUUUCUUGCUGAAGUAUGACCCUGGUCGAGUGCUGCAAUUCACCACUCUGGAGCAGAAGAUUCUGGCUUAUCAGAAAGGCACGUCCGUCCCAAGCUCCACCCUCAGCACUCAGGCCACCCAACCGCCCACCAUGGACCCUCUUGCUGCUGUUAACCUUCUCCCCUCAUCCUCUGCUGCAGCUUCUUCUACUUCUUCCUCUUCUUCAUCCUCCUCUGGCAGUACGUCCAAACCUGGUAUGCCCGCCUCUGGCUCUGCCACACCACGAGGCUGUGCACAGUCCCCUGUCUCCACCCCUUCCCUGCCAAGGAAAGCAGCAGCAGCUCUUAAAAAGACUCUUCAGAUGCCCACCGCCUCUCCCAAGACCACCCCACUCUCUUCUCCCACUCCAAAGAGAAGCCCUUUGCCCCAGUCUUCAACACCAGUCUCCGGCGGGAUGUACCAGAGAGCUCCUCCUGCCUCCUCCAGAGCAAAGUUGCGUCCACGUGGAAAUCCCACUCAGCCUCGCAGUCCCGUCUGCCCAGAGCCCACCUGCAAACAGCCCAAAUCCUCUGUUACACCAUGCCCCUCUGUCCCUCAGAAACCUCCUCAACGGGAUGGGCGGCCACCUUACGCCCCUCUCCGCUCACGGGUCGCUCAGUCUCGGCCACCUUACGCCCCCUCUCCUGCUGAACGCUACCAGACAGACAGCAGAAAGGCGCGACCCCUCUCCCCUCGACCAGCAGGCCUGGCAAAAACUCCCAGAGAGACUAAAAAGUCACCAGCACCAGUCAACACUAAAACACAGAUCAUUUCUAAAGCACAGGUCAACUCUAAAUCACAAAGCUCUGCCCCCUCUUCCCAAGCCCCCACAGCCUCUUCAAGAGCCCCUCAGAUCUCCAGGACCAAAGCCUCAGCGGGGCAGGCUAGAGUGGGGACAGGAGCCCCACGCGCCGCAGCGUCUCCACAACCCCCCGGCACAAAAUCUGCUCAGUCCACACAUACCACGGACAGGAAACCUCAAACCAGCAGUAACGUCCCACUCAAAACGAACCCUGCUCAGAGCAAAGCAGCAAAACCGAGCCCCAGAACUGCCUGCCAGAAACAAGCGCCCAGGACUGCAGCUCCCAAAACCACGGAGGAGCCCUACUUCGAGAUGAACAGUAAGAAGAAGAAACUGAAGAGCUAAGUGUGCAGAGAGUGGGCUGCUUUUUUGUUCAGAGGGUUUCUUUUCUGAUUCGGUGGCAGUUUUGGGUUCUGAAGCGGCUUUCCUUGGUGUAGCACUUUGCUGUGAGAUACAGGCCCAGGGCUUCAGCAGUACGGUUUUAAAUGCCCCUUCUUUUCCCAAAUGUAUGUUUAUGUUGUACAUGUUUUAUAAUUUAUUUGUUUCUUUUUUUUAUUUGUGCCAUAUGAAAAGGGUCAGGAGGUGAUGUCUGUGUGUUUUAUUUUAGGAGUCAACGUUAAACAACCCCCCUCCCCUUAAUGAACGGCAGAGGGGGGGCCUAUAUCUUGUUACUUGGCUGUUUCUUGUUGUUAUAGAGCAAACUUGCAUUCAGUAGGGAUGCUAGUACUUCAAGUGAAGCUGAAUAACCGAAACCGUGGACUUUGAUUCAUGCAGUGAUUCUGAAUCACAUCUUUUAUGACUGCUUCGCGAUCACGCUCAGUAAUCAGUGUAUCUUUGCCUAAUUGAAGAAAAUGCAAGAACAGAAAUGAAUAACUAACAAUCGUCUUGUGCAAACUUCUUGUUUAGUCUGUUAUUACACAAUGAUCACAUAUGGAACACGGUUACUUUUGAGCACAGACAGAGUGAUUAACUGAUAACUUCAUACUGUAAGAACCAUUAUAAACAUUCUGGUUGUUACUAGGUGGCAAACCCCUUUAAUGUAAAGUGGGGCGUAUCUUUGUCCUCCCCUUUUGCUGCUGUGGUAACCAAAGGCAUGUUUGCCUGGCUGAAAAGGCAAGGAGAAUUGUAGAGCGAGAAACAUGCAUGCAUAUCUUUGGGAAGGGGUGGGGAGGUAUUUCAGAACUGGGUUUAGUGAUCAAAUUUAGUACCAUUAGUGUUUCUGUGCCUUAACUGUAUGGAUUAGAGUGUGUGCUCUGUUUUUUAUUUAUUUUUUUAAGUAGUAAUUCCUUGUUUUUUGUUAACUGACAGUUGUGAUGUGAUCUAAUACAGCUGAGUUUAUGCAGGUGUCAUGUCUAUCUAGCCAUGAAGAUAGGAACUACCUCUAGACAUGCACACAAAUCACCACAUGUACUACUGAUUGAGUGAAGCCCAUAUUUGUUCAUUUGUACCAGCUAAAAUGAAUGUUUUGAGCAAUAUUAAUAAUCACUUUUUUUUCCUGAUGAUUCAUUUGCAGCUUAUGCCAAACUUGAUUUUUUUUUUUUUUUUUUGCUUCUGAAAACUGGCCCUUACUUUAUAUGGUGUGAUACGUUUUUAAAUAUCAAGAUAUGAGUACUAGUUUGAUUUAACAGCACUUUACAAGAUUUGGUUUGAAUGUAGUCUCUGUGUCUGUAUGUGUAAACUGCUCUCUUUACGUUGUCAAAUAAAACUGUUCUUUGGAUAA